AUGCGUUCACUCCGGAGACUCCUCCCAUCUAUGCUAUCCUCAGCAAUCAGGAACCCCACUUCCCGAUCUUUGCCCAGCCCUCUGCCGUCUCUACGGCCAGCCUUCCUCCACUCCGUGCAGCAAAAUCAAAAUGUCGUGGAAUCAAUCUGCAAUUCAGUGAGAGCCGGCUGCAAUUGGGACUCCCUCACUGAAAAAUUCGGCUCCGUCGGCCUCACCGAUUCACUGGUCAGAGGAAUUUUACUGGAACUAAGGGAACCACCGGAGGCGAAACGGGCAUUAGGGUUUUUCCACUGGUCGGCUCAGAGGGUUAUGAACACCGUCCAUGGGGUUCACUCCUACUGCAUCAUGGUUCACAUCCUCGUUGGAGCCCGGCUGGUCACUGAUGCACGGGCUUUGCUCGAAUCAGUGUUGAAGCGAAGUGGAGCAGCAGAGAAUGAGGGCUCGAGAUUUGAGGUUGUGGACUCGUUGCUCGAUAGCUACAGGGUUACAGUCUCGAAUCCGCUAGUGUUCAACUUGCUGGUUCAGGGCUACGCGAAGCUGAGGAUGCUGGAAAUUGGGUUCGAGGUAUGUUGUUACUUGGAAGACCGUGGGUUUUCUCUGACCUUGAUAAGUUACAAUACUCUGCUUCAUUUUGUUCUGAAAUCUCACGAGAUUGAGCUGCUGUGGAAAGUUUAUGAGCGCAUGAUUUCCAGGAGAAUGUACCCUGAUGAAGCAGGGAUUCGAGCUAUGAUUCAUGGGUUAUGUAAAGAAGGGAAGUUGCAGGAAAUGAUAGGAAUGUUGGAUAAAAUCCAUGGCAAGAGAAGCGCGGCUUGCUCCCCGUUGGUGAUUGUUAGUACCGGUUUGGUUUUGAGGAUUUUGGAGGAGGAAGAAGGAGGGAGAAUCGAAGUCGCAAUGGGUUUGUUGAGAUUGAUGUUGCAGAGGAACAUGAUAACAGAUACAGUGGCUUUCUCGUUGAUCGUUCACGCCAAGGUGAAGCUCGGUGAUCUAAGUUCAGCAAGCGAGGUUUAUGACGAAAUGCUCAAGAGAGGGUUCGAUGCUAAUUCAUUCUGUUAUACCUCGUUCGUCGAGGGUUACUGCCACUCCGGAAGGGUAGAGGAUGCAAUCAACUUGCUCCGGGAAAUGAAAAGCACAGGGUUGAAGCCGUAUAGCCAGACGUUCGACCAUAUCAUUCUCGGUUGUGCAAAGACAGGACGAGUCGAAGAAAGUCUCGAGUAUUGUUCUGAGAUGAUGAGCAUGGGCCAUCUCCCGACUCUUUCUGUAUUCAAUGAGAUGCUCGCCAAGGUUAUGGAACAACCUGUUCACACGAAUCAAGCUAAUGAGAUAUUGACUUCCAUGAUGGAUAAGGGGUUCUUUCCUAAUGAGAUCACCUACUCCAGGCUAAUGGCUGCAUAUGCCAAAGAUGGUAAAGUGGAGGAAGUGGCGAAACUGUAUUAUGAGAUGGAAUAUCGAGCUAUUUCACCAGGAGAAUUGGGCUUCGCUUCCAUUAUCAGCAGCUUGUGCAACUGUGGGAAAGUAGAGGAAGCAGGGAGGGUGUUGAAGGUUAUGAAAGAUCGCGGUGUGAGGCCUGUGAAGGAUGUUUACGAAGCUUUGAUUCACGGCCACCUUGAUAAGGGUAGCGAGGAAAUAGCUGCUCGACUUCGUAGGGAGAUGGUUCUGUACGAUUAA